CCGCCGCUGGCUCCCGCACUGUCCGCUGUCCCCGUUGACCCCGCUGCCGGAGCCUCAGACGUGGGCACCGCCGCCGAGGUCCAGGCACGCGAAGCAGCCCCGCGCCUCCGCGGUGGAUCUGCGGGGACCGGGAAACUAGCCCAGCGAGGCUCUGGGGUCACUCCAAGGAUUCUCUUGUCGCGCGUUGAGGGGAGCUGGUGAGUCUGCGGGGGCCGAAGGACCCGACCAAGGCUGCUGGACGUGGUGGCGUGAGGCAGAGAGAUGGGCACGAGACCCGGCCACGAGGAUCUGCCUACCAGAUCUCAUCUCACUUUCAUCAAUACUGUUGAAAGAAGAGGAAACAAUGCCAGUGUUAUCCCCUGUAAUCAAAUUUGAUACUGCUAGGGUCACCAGAAAUUCUCUUGACAGUUGUUUUCUCUUUGAGAGUAGUUGGAGGAAAGCAGUUUUGGAAACACAAAAAAUGAAGAAAGAAUACACCAUGGCAUUUGGUCUGGAAGAGCUCAAAGAAUGUGUCAAAAGGCCAUAUUUACCAGGACUGCAAAGUUGCCAAAAAAGUAUAAGUUCAAGUCCACUGGAAGUUCAUCUAAGACUGCUACAUAUUGAUUCCGAGAUACCUCCAGUCAGCCAUUCUAGUGAUGACAUGUCAAGUUGCCUGCAAGUAUUUUAUUCUCCUCUGCAUAUUGCACAGUGUCCUCCUGUGAGGGACCAGCCGUGGCCAAGCAGGAUAAGGAAGACUAAGGAGAAACACAUUGUGGUACCAAUUCAGGAGAAACCAAAGGGAUUUAUAAGGCAUGCUAAUUCUUCAAUCAAUUUUGGUUCUGGCUUCAGUGAUCCUCUUGCUGGAGCAUCAUCUCAAUACUUACAGAGACUUUCCAAAAUGGCCAUAUUGGAGUAUGAUACCAUUCGUCAAGAAACUACUAGAAAAUCAAAAAAGGGCAAGAAACGAGACUUUAGAGACUGCUGAUAAGUAUCACAUGGUAUGAUGCUUUCUUCACUGAUGUCUAAGGUUUAUAUAUUUUUCCCUUCUUUUUCUUUUCUUGAUAUGUGAUAUGAUGUACAAUGAUUUACAUAAAAGUGGAAAUGUAAAUAGGAAAUAAAUAUUCUAUGUAAUAUA